AUGGCUCCAAUUAGUAUGAGAUUGUACAUGGGGUUGAUACUUCAUAUCAUUGUUGCUGCUGUUACACACCAAGGUGCAUCUGAUUUGAUAUCUACACCUGAACCUCCACCAACGACUCCUCCACCGCAGGGCCCUGGCAUACCUGCUGAAGGAGACUACAGGGUCAAAAAUGAGAAUGGCACAGUCUGCUUGAAAGCAAAUAUGGCUCUCCAAAUCAAUAUAAGCCUCCCGUCUGCUCCAAAAAAUGCGAGUGUGCAAAACGUUUUCAACCUUAUUCCAAAUGAGACUUCAAGCUUUGGAUCAUGUGACAAAGAAAGUGCAAUUUUGAAACUCAACUCUGGCCAAAGGACUGAACUUACGUUCAGAUUUACCAUUAAUACUACAUCUAAUAAGUACAAUUUGGAGGGUUUGUCUAUACUGGCAACCUUGCCAGACAUGAUGGAACCUGUCUCUUUCGAGAAUGACAGCCUGGACUAUCUCCGAGGCAGGCUUGGUUUCUCAUACAGGUGCAGGUCUGAGCAGACGCUAGUGGUGACCCAAGAUUUUUCUCUUAACACAUACCUGCUACAUGUGCAGCCCUUUGGCCUGACCGGAGAUGUGUUUGGAUCUGCGCUUGAAUGCUUGUUGGAUGAAGAUGACUUGGUGAUUCCCAUUGUGGUUGGUGUAGCUUUGGCAGGGCUUGUAUUUAUUGUGCUAUUGGCCUACCUGAUUGGGAGAAAGAGAAGUCAUGCAGGAUAUCAGACAAUUUAA